AUCUAUCGACUAGCCUUAUCCCUGGUGCUUCCAGUUGGUGGGCAAAGCAAAAGGAGGUUAUAGGAGGGAGCAUCAUCGGGUGCUUCCAGUAAUACACAAUGCUCUCUAACUCAAUGCUAGUUGCUUCUUCAUCACCCUGCGUUCUCUUCGAUUUCCAGAAGCUUUCUUCCUACACAACCUUCUCAAAACAAACCCGGACUUUUCUUUUCAGCAGCAGACAUACAAACUUCCGUUUUCCUUUGACUUCCAAAAGGAGUCUUCCUCCACUUUGCUUCUUCAACUCUCAAGACAAAUCUAACCCAAAGAUUCCGGACAAGGAACCUGGAUUGGAGUGGCCUAUUCUCAGGCGAUGGGAGGUACCUUGGGAAUGGCAAACAGUUUCGUUAACGUCUCUCGCUUGUGGAUUGGGUUUUGUGUUGACAGGUUUGGUUGAGGCAACAGCUCUACCAUAUCUAGGGAUUAAACCUGAUGUGCUAAGCUUAGAUGAGAAGUCUGAGAUACUGUUUCUUGAUCAGGGCAUCACAACUGCUGUUGUACUUGGAAUCAUAUAUACUGUUGCCAACACUUUCCAGCCACUCCCUGAAGACUUCUUCAAAUAUGAUUUGAGGGAACCUUUCAAUCUUCAAAAGGGUUGGCUUUUGUGGGCAGGAGUUGGACUUAUUGGUGCCCUAGCUGCCAUUGCAUUGACAGGAGUUGCUGUGUCCUUCUUUAAUGGAGAAACCCCAGAGAGAGAGACUGAUGCUCUUGUUCGCUUGCUUCCAUUAAUUGGGUCAUCAAAUCUCAGCACUGCUUGCUUGGUCGGCAUUGUUGGAGUUCUUGCUCCACUCCUUGAGGAGACUGUAUUUCGAGGCUUUUUUAUGACUUCCCUGACUAAAUGGGUUCCUACACCAGUUGCUAUCAUCAUUAGUUCUGCUGUGUUUGCCCUUGCUCAUCUCACUCCUGGAGAAUUUCCACAGUUGUUUGUUCUAGGGACUGCUUUGGGGGUUUCAUAUGCUCAAACUCACAAUCUUCUCACUCCUAUCACUAUCCAUGCUUUCUGGAAUUCAGGGGUUAUAUUAUUUCUCACUUUUCUCCAGCUUCAAGGAUACGAUAUCAAAGAAUUGUUGCAGUCAACUUGAUCGGAAAAUCUUUCAUUUGCAAAGCCGUAGAGUAUGUACAGUACAUAUUACAGAUCCAUUUCUUUGGAUAUCUUUGCUCCCUUGUUUAAAAAUUUAGCAGAUCAUUGUUUAAAAUAGUGAACUAGAAAACGAUUAUUUGAUCACGCACUCCUAUAUCAACGGACUCAAAUUCAAACUUAAGCUAAAAUAACCAAAAAUAGUUAUUUUCUAA